GCAGAUCUGGCCUGACUGAUCUGGCCUGUCAAGCCUUCCAGCCUCCUCUCCGACGAGCGCGCCUUCGCGCCUUCUGGGAGCGAGCAGCCUCGACUUUGUUCUCCUCUCCGCUGCCUCGAGCUGAUCUGUAGAGCCGGCCCUGGACAACGGACAUGCCCAAUGCCUGUCAGUCUGGUCGCGAGCUGGCUGUGAAGGACGCCAGUGAGUGGGAGUGGAGCGAGGGGCGGGGCGAGGCGCGGCCACAUAGUGCAUGCCAUUAAGGUAGGGCAGGGAGGAAAUGGCAGCACAGUAAGACACAGCGUGAAGUCACCGCGUCGGGUGUGUGUGUCUGCAUGUGCAUGCGUGCAGGUAGCUCUUUGGCGGCUGAGAUGAAGGCUGACGGUCGUCCCUCUGCAUCAUCAUCGUCAUCCCUCAGUGGCGUCGGGUCGGUGGUCGAGCAACUCGCAGAACUACUCAGAGAGAAGUCGCAUCACAACAGCAGGUCUGUCCGUGGGCAUGCACGCGCACGUGUGCAUGCACCUCCUCUCUCCUUGUCUGUACCGUGUGUGUGUGUGUGCGUGUGUCUGUGUGUGUGUCUGUGUGUGGUCAGUGACCCCCCUCCCCCGCCCCCUCCCCCCUCCCUCGUAGUAGCCAACACGUCUACACCGGCGCACAACCACACUCACCCCUACCCAUCCGCAUUUAACGUGUACGCACCGCCGCCACCGCCACCUGACGAUGACCACCAUGGCAUCAUCACGAUGGGCAACAGAAUCGUCAGACGCACGUACGAACGAAUGGUCGCCCCACACCCACACCCACACCCCCACACAUGUGUACCUAUCUGUUGUGUGCUGUGCGCUGUCGUGUUCAGCGGCAGCAAGGUGUAUGUGCCCAAGGGCCACCGCCAGCACCACCAGCAUCACCAUCACCAUCAGCUCCAUCCGUCACCGUCACCCCCACCCCCGCCCACACGCACCAACACACAGUACUACCAGCCCAUGACGACACAGAGAACCGGAAGUAGCGGUCUUGGUGGUGGUGGUGGUGGUGGUGGGUGCAGCGCCAGCAGCAGCACCAGCAGCAAAGAAGCGCCGCCCUACUCGACGGCCAUGAAGAUGAGAUAUGCUGAGGUCUCACGGGCACUACAGGUGCGCCGUCCGUGCCAAGAAGGAAGGCCUUUACAUGGAAAAUGGAUGCGCACAUGUGUGUGUGUGUGUGUGGGGGGGGGUGUGUGCAGAUGCUGCUCAAGGAGGUGGGGAAGGCCAUAUCGGUCGCGAGCCUGGAGCAGAUGUUCAUACAACGAUUCGACGUCACGUAAGCGACCUGAGCGAGCAGAUGAAAGGUCAUUGUCAACCUAUAACUAUGCCUUUCGUGUGUCCUUCCUGUCCGUGUGUGCAGUGUGGAUCAGCUGGUGCGCAUCCCGCUGCUCGAGUACCUACAGCGCAAGGCGAGCAUCUUCAUGCUCGAGAUGGAGGCCGACCCCCCAAUGGUGGCCCUCCACCCCAGCAUCAUGCAGGGACCCCCACUGGCGGACCUCAACGCGCCUAAGGUACGUUGCAUUUCCUUCGUGUGCAAGUGCGUGUUGAUGGUGUGUGGUGUGAUGGGCGUGUGUGGCUGUAGGAUGAGGCGUUUGUGGUAGAGGAGUUCGUCAAGCUCAUCGACGACUCGGUGACGCACGGGAGUUUCAUCUGCUACAUCUCCUCUCUCUGCGGCAAGUUCAUCCAGCGCAACUCGCUCUCCGUCACAAGUACGGCAGCGACCCUGCACACACCACCACACACACCCCUGAUGGACGGAUGGAUGGAUGGAUGGAUGGCUGUGUGCAGGCAUCAUUGGUGUCCGCCCGCUGGAUCUGCUCAAGCGACACCCCGAGACCUUCCUGCUCGUCGGAGGGGGGUCAGUCAGCACACGCAGCACAGCACAGGGACAAGCGUCCAUCCAAGUAUGUGUGUGGAUGUGUGUCAGGAACGUGACGCUGCGCAAGUACGAGUGCGAGAGGGAGGUGCAGGAGGUCAUCAGUGCCGUCCGCGGCGCGUCCAAGGCUCAGAGAGUCGCCAAGGCCGUCGAUGAAGCACAGUAGCCCAGCCAGCCACAAGACACACACCAGGCCCUCCUCAUAUAUAACGUCACUCUCCCUCCGUAGGUAUCCCCCAUUCAGCACUCGCCGCGAACACCGUCCAGAUCGGCUGACGGUGCAGCACGUCGUUGACGAGUUCCGCCGUCUCAUUCUACAGGACUGCGCAGAGGGCGUGCAAGUGGUCGGCCGGCCUUUCACCAUUCACUCACACGCCACAAUAAAUUGUGUUCAUGUUCAUCUUGAUCUUCAUGUUUUUUUUGUGUGUGUGUGUGUGUGUGUUUUGUGUGUGUGUGUGUGGUCGUCCUGUGCAGGUUUACAUCUCGUCGCUAUGCGGUCGGUUUCUUCAGCGCUAUGGCGUGCCGGUGACCAAGAUCAUCCAGUGCCGACCAGCAGACUUCCUCCGACAAUACGACCACAUAUUCGUCAUGACCGGUGCAUUCUCUCCCCUCCCACACACACAUAUCAUCGCUCCUCCUUGUGUGUGCAGGGGGCGGCAAUGUGGGUCUGCGUGAGGUCCUGGGCCACGACAUUUCCUCGGUCCCCCCUCCCCCGCCACGCACCGGCAUCAUCGACACACCCGCAGCAACAUCCAAGCAGCACGCCAGCACCACGCAGGGCGUCUACAGCCACGGUGACGACUACAGCUACAUUGACGAGGGGUAUGGUGGGUCAGGGGAGGCAUCGGAGGAGCGUGAGAUCGCCGCUUUGGAGCGGAUCCACCAGUGGUGCACCGAGCAAGCAGAGAAGGAGGAGCAUUUCCACACGGUGAGGGAGGGAGGGAUGUUGACACUCAUACGGUUCCAAUAUCCUCGCUCUCUCUCGCUCUGUGUGUGUGUGUGUGUGUGUUUGUGUGUGUGCAGGGCGUCUCACCCCCACCACCCCCACCACCCCCGCCCCCACCCUCCACGGACAGUGAUGGCCUCGGUGUGCAGUCCUUCACACCCGACGUGAUGCGGCUGCAGCAGCCAGAGCAGCCACAGACGGCACAACAGACAGAGGGCGGGUGCAGUGAUGGCGAUGUCUUGACGGACGCUUCGUUGACGGAGCUGCAUGACCGGCUGGUCAACGACAAAUAUACACACAUGUAUGGGAGGGAGAAAGAAGCAGAGGGAGGGCGAAAAGCGUCACAUGCUCUGUCUGUCUGUCUGUCUCUCUCUGUCUCUCUGUCUCUCUGUCAGUGCUGCCCGAGCGGUGCGUGUGGUGUGCGAGGUGCUCAAGCGGCAAACCGCCCUCCCAGUGGCCGACAUACUCCUCGGUGACACACCCACACAUCCGCCCACACAUUCGCCCACCCAUCCAUGCUCCCUCUCUCUCUCUCAUCUGUGCCUGCAGGUGGCUCGGUUGCCUGUGGCGUGACCUCGCUCGAGGCUACGGACGUCUCCCUGGUCCUCUGCGUCGACACCCUCUCCCGGCACAAUCCCGGGGCGUGGCUCUCGCCCUCACUCGACACGAUCAGGUCGGUCCUGGAGUUGGGCCUCCCGGCCCACCCACCGCACCACCUCAUCCCCAGAGAAUUCGACACACACUACUCCAAGGGCGCUGUGACGUUCGGUGCGCACACACGACAGACGAGAGGUGUUUAUGAUAUGUGUGAAGGGGGUCUGACAAUUGUGUGUGUGUGUGUGUGGUGUGGUGUGGGGUCAGUGCUGCAUCCGAUGCCGCUGGCGUUGGGGAGGGGCGAUGUGGCUGUGGGCGAGCUGCAGGCGAUUGCUGGCGGACGGGGGAUGACGUUCAGGUGAGGAGAGAGGGGGAGGGAAAGCCACAUGUAUGUAUGUGUGGCGGUGUGUUGGUGUGUGGCGGGGUCAGUGUGAGCGUGGUGCCCAUGUUUCACGGCCUGGAGGAUGUCUGGAGCUGUCUCGACGCCACACCGCCGUCGCUGCGCUUCUGCAUCGAACACGCGCUCACCAGGGAGACCACCGAACUCAUUCUCAAACAGACACCAAAGGUAAUGAACAUAUCGACAGAGAGAGAUAGAGAGAGAGAUACCUGCCGUCUUCAUGGACUCGUGUAUGUGCGUUGCCGUAUUGUCUGUCGUCCGUCCGUCAGGUGAAAGCCGCGAUGCGUCUGAUGGAGUUCUGGCGGCUGCACCAGGCGUGGAGCUCCCCCCGCACCACCCCCUCCCCCUACACCACAGCCCUGCUCACCCUACACGCAGCCCACCUGCACCUCCUCGACACCCAGCCCCACGAGUCACCCCUCGCUCAGCAGCACACCACCAACAGCAACGGCAGCAGCAACAGCAACAGCGUCGCCCACCUCGCCCCGCCCGGCUGUGGGCCGUGGGAGAUGGUGAAGCGGACUUUUGGCGUGAUGGAGGGGUUUGAGACGGUGCGCGUGGUGUGGGCGGAUGUGGGAUUGGCGGCUUACACGGUGAGGGAGGGAGGGAGGGAUGGCGCGUUGGGGUGGGAAUGUGUGUAUGGUGGUGUGUGGUUUGGUGUGGUUAGUACCCGAGCAUAUGGCCGGCACUGAUGGGUCAUGAGCGCAUCCUGAUGGACCCCGUCAACCCCUACAAGAACCUAGCUGGUCCGUCCGUCAGCCGAAAUGACACACACCACACGCCCCUCCAUCGCUGCGGCCCACUCCAUCUCUGUGUGGUGUGCAGAUCCGUCAGUGUUUGACUGCACCGAGUUGGUAGCCUUCGCCCAGCCUUCACGGUGGAUGGACUUCUUCCGCCGUCACGUCACUCUGACACUCCAGAAGAAACGGGGAGGAGCAGCGGCACCCACACUGCCGGUAGGCGAAAGACACUCAGACAGACAGACAGACAGGCGGCUUCAGCCACACAGACACCAUUCUCCCCCUCUCUCUCUCUGUGUCUGCACAGGUGUCUUCUCUCACCGGUCUCAGUCUCAUUCGCACCCACACGGCCACGACAGUCACGACGCAGCAGCAGCAGCAGCAUGACGACUACUCGCCAUCCUCAUUUGUCAUCCCCAAGCAGCAGAGUGACCCCACCCCGCACAACUCGGACUGCACCACCACCACACACGCGUCAUCGGCAGCCACGGCAGCCGCAUCUGGACAGCGUCAGGUGUCCUUCUUUGCCAACUUCAUGGGGGAAGACACCAUGACGGGCAGCAGUGAGGUCACACCGAUGUCUGGCUUGCAGGUGAGAUAGAUGAAGAGGAGAGCAAAAGGCAAGGCGGUCUGUGUGGGACGUCCAUGUGCGUGUGUGUUGUGUGUGUUUGGUUGUGUCAGGGUGCGUGUUGUUCGUCUGGGUUCUACUUCCCCGAUGCGUCACCGGUGGCCAAUCGUGGCAGUGGCACGACGACCGACGUCUUCUCCACCACUCUCCCCUUCCCCAAGGACACCUACCCAUCAGCCGACAGCACCCACGCCCCCACUCCAGCCAUCGACCUUAACACCGCAGAGAUCGACCAGUGGACGCCCCCCUCACCCAGACCACUGCUACCAUCCCUCGGCGGCCGAUCCGUCCCACUCGACGAGACUGCCGGGGGCAGCGGCAAGGCACCCGGCAGCACCAGCAGCAGCGUGACCUUCCCCAUAUUCGCCGAGCGCAUGUCGCCAUUCGACGUGUCGUCACUCUCCCCAUUGGAGAGGCGAGAUGCCGGCGCGGCCGACAACAGUGCGCCAUUCUCCCUGCCGGCGGCAGCAGCAUCAGCAGCAGCGAGGGACGGCUCACACAUGCUGGCAGGGUGUGGGUGGGGCGGCAGUGGGCUGUUCGGCAUUCCGCUUGGUGCUGGUGGUGGUGGUGAUGGUGAGGAUGGUGAGGCGGACAUCAAGAACGACGAGACCUUCUGCCCGCCCCCGAGCUUCAACCUCAAGCUGACACUGGGAGAGGAGGACGACAUCGAUGAGACGAACGAGGCGAAUGAGACGACGGCAGCACCCACCACGGCAGCAGCAGCAGCAGCAGCAGCACCGACGGCCACAAACGGGGAGAAGGACAAGAGGAAGGGCAGGGGGCAUGGCAAGGGGAAAGGGGUGUCGUGGGCCAUGCUGGUGCGCAUGGGGGCGCUCGACCCGAAGCACCACAAGUGAGUGACCAGGGUGAAUGGGUGGGGGGGUGGUCCUUCUGCCUUAGUUAGUCGAGUCAUCAUCUCUAUCAUGCCUAGAUAAAUCAACACCAGUUCCUGACGGGCGGGGCGGGUCGGCUAUGGGGUGGGUGGUGUUCGUGGAUGGGCACAGUAUACCCAUCGGACUGAAUGACAUGGAGAGGUCAUGCACCUCAGUCUUAGUAGCUACGUAUCCGAUGCUUUCUACAGAGCAGAUAUAGCGAGGGAGGGAAAAGAGUGGAACUAGCUUCCUCCACACCAGCCAUUCAGUGCCAGUGUCUAGCUUUGCCUUCCUACAUGCAUGCCUUCAUGCAAUGUCACUGCCCUUGUACAGACGUGGUUUGUUUUGUCUCCUUUACGAGAGAGAGGUCUGUUGACGCAUUGACGAAGGGCGGGACGCGUCAAGCGUGGCGUUGUUGGAAUGGAAUGUCAGAACGAACGAGAGAGAGAGAGAGAGAGGGAGGGAGGGAGGGAAAGCGGCUUUCCCCUCUAUACGGCGCAGGAUGCGUGUGUGUGUGCAGAAAGACGCCUUGCCUUCGUGGUGUAGUAGUGCCAAGAUGUGGUGUGGUGUGGUGUGGUGGCAUGUGUAGCAAGCAACCUUAUUCGGGCAGCCCAUUUUCCUCCUCAAGAAGAGCUCAUGCAGCUCAUUCUGGGCGGGCUCUGGAAGGAGGAAUGCAACGGCAGUGGUGGUUCCAUACCUUAUACAGUAUACAGGGGAACUAACUGGGUGUGUAGAUAUGUACGCGUCAUUGGACGCAUGGCAUGGACGGAGCAGACAGACAGACAGACACUCUGAGUGUCUCGUUGUCGCGUCGCGCCUCUGUAUGGGUGUAUCUGCCCAUGUGUACAUACGCACGAAGGGACAACGGAGCGUUGGAUUGGUAUUGGUGUUGGUGUCGGUGUUGAUGCCAGUGCGCACGGGGAUUGACACCGCUGGGCUGUAUUUGUUUGAUGUCGGGAUCCUGGCGGUUGAUGUCGUCUCUGACAUGUCAGGAGAGGCCAUCAAGCGUCGUGAUCGCGAAGAUGCAAACAGACCAGUGGUGGCAUCCCCGCGCGUACGCACCAUGUCUGGUGCCACGUGUGAUGUGUGUAUCCGUACCAUGUUUGUUUUCACUGGUGGAGCGCUGAGUUGGUGUUGAUGGGCAUGUCCACAAGUGGCUGACUGACACCGCACCGUCACGUUUGAUUUCACACGUCAAGACAGAGCAGUGGUGCCAUACAGACAGACAGAUAAUCUUGAAAGCGAUGUUUGGUGCCACGUAUGUAUGUUUUUCCUCUGUGUUUUCCCCGCCGCCGUUUUCCCUUCCGAGGCGUUUUCGGCACCAACGAGCACCAACCCAAUCAGCUGUCGAUAACUCUGCUACUCCAUACUGCCUGGUGCACUCAUUGCGCGUGCAUGUAUGUGUGUGUUGGUUGGUAGCGCACCAGCAGCAGCCAUUCCUCCCUCUUCCCUUCCUGCCAUAGCUGUGUGUGUGUCUAUGUGUGUCUCGUCCUGUGUGCUCCUCUGGCCGUGAGUGUUUUAACUGUCUGCCAUCUCUCCACACGUACCCACCUACUCUAAUGAUACGCUCAUGGACGAAGAAAAUGAUGGAUGCCGCUGCGGGCCGCCAAGGCCAUAUGAAUGCUGCCUGUCUGUCUGUCUGUCUGUCUUGGCUGGCCCAGUGCAGUGCGAUUCAUGCAAUGCUCACUGCCCUUGUGCAGCCAGCCACAGAGUUGUGUGUCCGCCUUUGUGUGUGUGGAUCGGCGCGACGAACCUGAGACACACACAGCAGCCCAUCCCACAUACACAGAUGAUCGUAACGAAAGCAGCGUGUGGUGACCCUCGUCACUGCAGAUUCA